AUGGAUCGAGCUUGUUGGAUCUCAAUGGAGCUCGAUGGGACGGAGUGCGACUUGUCGGGCUGCUCCGGACAGACCUUGCGAGCUCGAUGGGAGGCUCGUGCUCGGUCCGCUAAUGCGACGCUUGUCACCGUGUCGCGAGCUCGUUGCCAAGGCCGCAGACGCUCCUAUGACUCGCUGUCGAACUUCACACUGUCUGCAAGCUGUCGUACAGAGAGCCCACCUGGCCUGUCAGCGUCGUCUGACCACAACAGUGUCGUCAACAAAUCAGCCAAACCGAUCAAUCACUCACUCACACCGACGCGCGUCGUGGUUGUACCAAGCCAGCGGAAGGCCGUGCUCCGACCGGUCAUCAUGGCGCCCGACAAGCGCAAACCCAAGCCCGCGGCCGAUCAGAGCAAGCCAAAUGGUCAGCCACUUGCAUCCUACUUGCGACCAUCUCAAGGAUUGCUACGCGAUGUCUACUCGCUCAGCUUCAUGCGUCACCCUGCUUCCUCGGGCAAGAUCAUCGGCACGAUCUACCUUGCCUGGCUAGCGUGCUUCAUCGCCAGAGUCGCGAACAACCCAUUCUCUCGCUUUGUGAUGAUCUCCCAUCCCGUGCCUCUUUCGAGCUCGCUCCUGUCCUCAAAGACAUUCCUGUCGACUGUACAAGGCACGCGGUACUUUCAGAAAGGUUACGAUGACCUCUACUUUAUCGGGUUCCACAUCAUCGUCUUUGCUUUCCUACGCGCAAUGCUUGUGCAGAAAUUCCUCCAACCGCUCGCGGUCUGGUCAGGACUCAAAGGACGCAAGCGCGAUAGAUUUACCGAGCAAGGCUAUGCCAUCAUCUAUCACGGCAUAUUCUCCGUCUUUGGGUUGGUGGUCUACAAAGACCUGCCGGUAUGGUGGUAUCGAACGGAUGCGUUCUGGAAAGGCUACCCACAUUGGCAACUACUGCCGCAACUCAAGCUGUACUAUUUGCUCCAGUUUUCAUACUGGCUCUGUCAGAUGCUCGUUCUCAUCUUACGCAUAGAGGCACCUCGCACAGAUUUCUUAGAGCUCUGUAUUCAUCAUGCCGUAACUCUAUGGCUCGUUUUCUGGUCUGGUUUGAUUAAUCUGACCUACAUCGGCGUUGCCGUUUUUGUGUCGAUGGAUGUGCCAGAGGUGUUUCUCGCUGCGGCAAAGAUGCUCAACUAUCACAAAAAGACUGAAAAAAUCAGCGAAGUCGUCUUUGUUAUCUUCAUUGGCGUUUGGACCUACUUCCGCCACUACGAGAACCUCCGAAUCCUGUACAGCGUUUGGUUCGACUAUGACCGCCUCGUACCGCAAGAAUCGCAGGUCUUCUUCAAUGCGGAUACUGGCGCAUGGCUUGCUCCAUGGAUGAAGUAUCAAGUCUUCACACCCAUUGCCCUGCUACAGGUCGUCAAUCUAUUCUGGUACUUCCUCAUCUGGCGACUGCUCUAUCGACUCUUGAUCCUCAAGGAGCUCAAAGAUACCCGGGAGGAUCAGGAGGAUGUCGUGAUAGCCGACGAGCUCGAGGAGAGCAUAGUGAAGAAAGACGACGUUCCCGGAGCCGAUGCCGUUGUUUACGAGCCACGAGCGAUCAAAGUAGAUUGGCAAGACGAUGAACUCACCAUCACACAAAUGGACAGUACGCUCACAGCGCGGCAGAUCUCGCGAGAUUCGACACCAAGAGGCGAUAUGCUCUCCAUGGAACUCACAGCCUCGAUCAGGAACGAAGAUCGGCAUGGAUGGAGCUACACAGCUGCUGCUUGCUGCGGCGAAUUCACGGCAAAAAUCCACGUUGGCUUGUCGCUUGGUACUCUGCAGACUGUCCACAGUGCAACCUGGCUAGAGAGACGUUGCCACACCGACUGGGAGAUCUAUGCAGAUUGUCGAGGCAUGCAGGAGGCGGGCUACUGCGAUAUCAGGGAGGCCAAGGUGGAGAUCAUUAGGAAUAUCCUGACGUGA